AUGGACACGGCCACAGAGGAGAUCCACUUACCGGAGCGCCGGAUCCUCAAAGGCGCUCACUUGCUCAACGACGGGGCCUUCGAGUAUGGUUGCAAGGACUUGACGGUCAGGACGGUGCAACGUUUUCGGGGCAUCGCCGCCGGGUGGACGGUCAUCGUGCGGGGCCUCAAGAAUGAACUCAAGGCCGCGGAUCGGUUCUUGUGCGGAGGCUGCGACGGCGGCGCCAAAGUUAGCCCGAAGCUGUGGGUGCCCGGUGACGAGGAGGAGAUCGAGCAGGCAUGGUGCGACCUUUGGGAGCUGUUCGAGGAGUCGAGGUGGCUAUGUGCGAGGCCGGAGACGUGGUCUACAAAGUUUGGCGCGAGCAUGAGAGAGCUGCUCCCGAUCAGGGAACGACUGGCCUUACCAGGCGAGUGGGAGGCCGGCACCAUUUUCGUGUCAUCGGAUGCGACCAAGGUUAUGAUCGCCGCCAUCGACUGGACCACUGGAGUGGUGAUGCGGAUGAAAGCAAAGGCGGCAGCCGAGUGGGUGCAGCGAUGCGGCGAGGACGAGGAGGUGGCCAUCCACGUCGCGGAGAUGCUAUCGUUCCUCGCCUUUGCGUGCAAGGUCGGGGAGUUCUGGAAGGGCAAAGUCGUCAUCUACGGCGGGGACAAUAAGAUCGUGAAGGAGUGGAUCACCGGCCGAAAGGCCGGAACCCGUGUGGGCCGCAUGCUGGUGAGGGUUAUGAACCUGCUGGAGAUGCGCUUCCGUUUCGCAUUGGUGGCUACCUGGUGGCGUACGUUCCACAAUAUCCACGCGGACUUCCUGACCAGGUGCUCCGAUGCGGAGUUCCAGGCCAUCGUGGAGGAGAAAGGGUGGGCCGUCGUCGAUGUGACCAAUGCCCUUCGUCAGGCUCUCGUCGACUCCGAGCGCUUCGGCCCGUGUUUGCUUGCCUGGGGCGAAGAGGAUAGAAGAGUGCUUAUGCAACUGAAAGAGAGGAGGCUGCGGCGGGCAGUGCCCCACACCAUCAGCCCGACGUGGGGUGAGUUCUGUGCAGUGGAGCUGUGUGGAUCCGGACGUGUCGUCAAGGACUUCGUCAAUGCGGUGGAGGCCGUUGGGGGCUGCUGCCGUUCGGCUCCUUGGUCUGGUGCUGUGCUACGGGAUGAGGUCGUCUUCGCGUCCCUGCCUCCGGAUGUCCAUGCGAAGACGGUGGUGGCGGUCUGUACGGCCGCGAUCGAGGGGCCGGCCCGGUUCGUUGUGAUCGAAGGGCCUCGUCAAGUUGCCUGGGAACAGGCGGCGAAGGUUUUCGAGCGGGCCAUGUGGGACAACGAGACCCAGGAGUUCCUCACCACCGAGUUCGGGGAGAUCGCUGUGAGGCGGAGGAAAUGGUAG